UUGUUUUCAGCCAGUUGUGACUUUAUUCUGAAAGGAUGAACCGGAAGAUGUAAUGAAUGUGGUUCCUGUCAGAGGGACCCACAGAGGGACGGAGGUCCGCAGCUCUUCUGUCCGUGCUGUCAGCUGCGUUUAGAGAUGUCGGAGUCUCCGGACGCCCGCAGCCUGCUCUCUGCUUCCUCCCAGCUCAACCUGAUGGAGGUGGACGCGAUCGACGAUAAGGAGUUUGACAUUCCCCAAGUGGACACACCUCCCACACUGGAGAGCAUCCUCAAUGAGCUGGAGGAUGAGGAGGAGCCGUUUGUGUUGGAGGACACCUGCCUGCUAAACACAGACAACAUGGAUGCUCACUCCUGUGACACCUCCUCCCUAGCCAGCUCUGACAGUGGAGACCCAGCACACCUCAAACGAAAGAGGAGGACAGUGGAUCUGAACGCAACAGUUCACGGAUCUGUUCUUCGACACAGCCUGCUGAAGGGCAUCUCUGCACAGAUCGUCUCUGCUGCUGACAAAGUGGAUGCUGGGUUGCCAACUGCUAUAACAGUGUCAGGUGUGAUUGCUGUGGGAACGUCUCACGGUCUGGCUCUGGUGUUUGGAAAAGAUACCAACCAGGCUCUUCGUCUUUGUUUGGGUACCAAGGCAACCGGGGCAGAGUUUGGAGCUGUCUCCGCCCUCAGUAUCAACCAUGACUGCUCACGACUUCUCUGCGGCUUCGCCAAAGGACAGAUUACGAUGUGGGAUCUAGCCAAUGGAAAGCUCCUGAGAACUAUCAAUGAUGCCCACCCUCCAGGAACAGCUAUACUACAUGUGAAGUUCACAGAUGAUCCAACUCUCGCAGUGUGCAAUGACAGUGGAGGAUCAGUUUUCGAGCUGGCUUUCAGGAGGGUGAUGGGGAUGCGGUCCUGUGACUCUCGAUGUCUCUUCAGUGGUUCUAAAGGGGAGGUCUGCUGUAUUGAGCCAUUGCAUGCUCCUCCAGACUUCAGAGAUCAUCCCAUCACACACUACUCUCUGCUGGCUAUGGCCUCUCUCACUAAAAUUCUGGUCAUUGGACUGAAGCCCUCACUCAAAGUCUGGAUGACUUUUCCCUAUAGCAAGUCUGACCCGUCCAGUGUUCCUCAGCUGGCCUGGCAGUUUGUUCCUGUUCAGAAGACGGUCAACCCGAUCCUGGCUUUUUGCAAAGGAGAUACAGUCCACUUCCUCCUGGUAAAGAAGGAGGAGACGGGGACCAUCCACGUGAUCAAACAAAGACAGCUCCACCUCAGCUGUGACAUCAUUAGCCUGAGUUGGAUUAACAGUCGGACACUGGUCCUGGUAGACAGCCAUGAGAAGCUGCAGGUUGUGGAUCGGCCCAGUCAGGAGGUUUUGGAGACUCUGGACUUGGAGCAGGUGCAACUGGUUUAUAACAGCCGACAUUUCAAAUCACUGGCCACUGGAGGGAACGUCUCCCAGGCUCUGGCUUUAGUGGGAGAAAAGGCCUGCUACCAGUCAGUCUCCAGCUACGCAGGGCAGAUUGUCUAUUUGGGCACCAAGUCGGCUCACAUUAUGGCUCUGAGGAACUGGAGAGAGCGUAUAGACUGCCUGCUGAAGCAGGAGCAUUUUGUUGAGGCUCUCUCUUUGGCCUGGUCCUUCCAUGAGGGAACAGCUAAGGCUGUGGUUGGCCUGUUUGGAGAUCCAGUGAAAAGAAAAGCAGUGGUCAGUGACAAGAUGGUGGAGAUCAUUUUCCAGUUUGCUGAUCACGCUUUGAAGAAGUGUCCAGAACAAGGAAAGAUCCAAGUGAUGGAGCAACACUUCCAUGAUGUGGUUCCAGUCCUGGUGGAUUACUGCCUGCUGCUGCAGAGGCCCGACAUGCUCUUUAACCAGUUGUAUGCUCGGCUCGUGGAGAACACCGUUGCUAAGGGCGUCUUUCUCGAGUCACUGGAGUCAUACAUUGUCGCUGACCGCCUCGGUCACCUGACCACACCCAUUAUGAGGGACCUCCUGGCCCAUUACCAUGGCAACGGUAUGAUGGACAGCCUGGAGAGAUGCAUUGUACAUCUGGAUGUCACCAGCCUGGACAUACAGCAGGUGGUUCGAGUGUGUUGGGAGAACCAGCUCUAUGAUGCAAUGAUCUACGUUUUCAACAGCGGCAUGAACGACUACAUCACACCUAUGGAGAAACUCUUUGCAGUGAUUGGCCCGCCACUUAGGGAAGGGAGGAGCCUAACAGAUGAGGAAGUGGUGAUGGGAAACAAACUUCUGGUGUACAUCAGCUGCUGUCUUGCAGGAAGGGCGUAUCCACUAGGAGACAUCCCUGAAGACCUCGUGGUUCAAGUCAAGAACCAGGUGUUUGAGUUUCUAAUUCGUCUCCAUUCAGCCAACUGGUCAGAGGAGGAGGAAGUUUUCCCAUUUAUCCGUACACUCCUUCACUUUGACACCCGGGAGUUCCUCAAUGUCCUCGCCAUGACAUUUGAAGAUUUUAAGAAUGACAAGCAGGCCCUUGAGUACCAGCAGAGGAUAGUGGACAUCUUACUUCAGGUGAUGGUGGACAACCCAGACUUUACUCCUUCCCAAGUGGGUGGGCUCUUCACCUUUUUGGCUCGCCAGUUGGCCAAGCCGGACAACACGCUGUUUGUGAACAGGAAGCUCUUUGAUCAGGUUCUGGAGUUCCUGUGUUGCCCUGAUGAUGACUCCCGACACACCGAGAGGCAGCAGGUUCUCCUGGAGCUGCUGCAGGUUGGCGGUGUGGUCCAGUUUAAUGAAGAAAGGCUGCUGGCUUUGGCAGAGAAGGCCAAGUUCUACCAAAUCUGUGAAUUUUUGUAUGAGAAGAAACAUCUGUAUGACAGGAUCAUCGACUGCUACCUGAGAGACCCCCUCAGGAGGGGGGAGAUCUUCAGCUACAUCCACAAUCUGCUGUCCAUGCCCGGCUACAGCCCUGAGGAGAAGAAAGCGGUCAAGGACAAAGUACGGGGACACAUGCAGGAGCUGGUGACCUUUGACCCCACUAAGUCUGCUGAUUUAGUGGUGUUUCACUUCAGUGAAGAGGUGCAGCAAAUCAUCUCUGAGUUUCAGGAUGACCAGCUGCUUUUCAAGUUCCUCAGCUGUCUCCUGGAGCCACGGGAAGGCCAUCAUCCGGGGACCCUCCUGCUCCAGGAGCAUGACCUCCAUGAGCUUCUGCUGGACUUAAUGAGCCGCUUUGCCCCACAGCAGCUCCUGAGCUUCCUCCAGACCUCCCAGCACUACAGACUGGAGGAGGCCAUACAAAUAACACAGAAGUACCACCACAACGAGGCCACAGCCUAUCUGCUGGAGCAGAAGGGAGACAUUCAAGGAGCUUUUGAUGUCUUGCUAGAGACACUGAAGGAAAAACUGAGUGUCCUCACCACUGAGGCUGACAGAGGAGACGAAGAGGAGAGAGACGGUGAAUCAACCCUGACGACAGUGAAGGAUUCACUUGAUGGCAUCAUUGCUUUGUGUCACCAGAGCUCUCAGAACCUCUACCAGCAACAAAGAGAGGUCCUCUGGUUUCCACUUCUGGAGACCAUGAUGGCUUCUCAAAAACUGGUGAAAGGACUCAAUGCUAAACACACAUUUGAGGUGCUGAAGGAGCUGACGAUGAAGGUUCUCAACUGUAUGAGCAGCUUUAUUUCUCUCCCUGCCAUCAUCCAACGAAUACUCCAGGAUCCAGUCUAUGGGAAAGGAAAGCUGGCAGAGAUCCAAGGCCUCAUUCUGGGUAUGCUGGACACUUUUAACUACGAACAGACUUUACUUGAAACAACCACCAGUCUGUUGAACCAUGACCUUCACUGGUCCCUGGCUCACCUGCGUGCUGCUGUAACGAGGGGCCUCCACCCAAGACAGGACUACUGUAACAUCUGCCUCCAGCAGUACAAGAGGAGGCAGGACUCAGCUGAGGAGAUCAUCGUAUUCAGCUGUGGCCACCUGUACCACUUCCAGUGUCUGCAGCAGAAGGACUGUGGGUGGGGCUUUGCUUCAGAGCUGCAGCAGAGGUGGAACUGCUACAAGUGUUCCUCUAGUAAAGGAGGGAGGAGCGCGCCCUCCACCGAACAAAAAAGAGGCCGCACCACGUCCCUCGCACAGACUUGUGUUUCAUCAGUGCAUCACGAUGCAGGAGCAGAGGCUGACAGAAAGAAGGUGUUUGCUGAGGCAACGUUGGACCUUCAGCAGGAACAGUCCUGGGAUCAGCUACGCUGUUUAUACAGAGGGCCAUCCAGGUUGUCCGUCCUUUCAGAACUCUCUCACUCCCACAGCAGUGAGAAGACUGGACUUCUGAUUUCAGCCCAAGCAGGAUCAGAGAAUUUCCAACUUAAGCUCUCUCCUCCACCUCUGUUGGAAGAAUAGCACCAGGACUGGUCGAGGAUUGAUCAGUUCCUUUUCCUUCAUUCGUCCACACCUGAGUGAAGUGGGACUCGUCUGAUUUCCUGCAUUCCUCUAACUAAUCUCCAUCUGUGGACUGAAUCUCUACUUCUUUUGAUAUUGUCUAACUUCUUUCAAACUGUUUAAUGGUGAUAAUAUUGAGUCACUGUAGGAAUUCUACUAAUUGGAGCUUUAAUUUGAUCCAUUGUUUAUGUACUACAGCUGGCUGAACCAUCCUGCUCUGCAUGUCGAUGACGGGCAAUGUCAAAAAGAAAAAAAGGAAGCUGGGACGUGUUGUGGAGAGAGUGCUGAUGCUGAUGUUUGUUUACAAGCAGUAAAAAGAGACCCUUGUGCCUCUCUGAUUUCUGCACAUUAAUAUGAGACAUUGAUCUAAAUGUGAAAAAGUUGUAGCUUUGUGAUUAUGUUUGAUUAUGUUUCUGUUCAAUGUUCUUUGUUUUAGUGGAAUCAGUCUUUGGCUAACUAUCUGUGCCAAAUCAUAAAGAAAAUACCAAAUCCUACAUAAUGUUGCAUUCAUCUCACAAUACGUACACCUAGUCGCAAAUGACAAACUUAGUGUCUUUAAGGUGCUCUUUGCCAUAUGCAGAGGAUCAAUACACUACACUAUGAUUGAUAAAUGAUCCAGAUUUAACCCAGAAUCUAAAAUUUUGAUUAAUUUUUAACUGCUGAAUUCAUUUUUUUGUCUUUUACCUUUCGCCUGAUGUUCGUGGUCUGUGCAGCAGAAUUUUAAACCUGAUUGGAUGCUCCCCUUCAGAUUUUAUAUCCAGAGCUUGUACCUUUAAUUUUUUUUCAAUCAAAAAAUCAUGUUUACUAUGAUUCAACAUGGAGAGCUUCAUGUUUCAUGUCAAGAACUCGCAGAGCUCAAACUUUAAUGUCACUUGAGAAAAUAAAUGGGACUCCAUCAUCAGUCCUGAAAACUUGAAAUAAGUCGUCCCACUUCAGCCUGUAUGGUUUGUGUGUUUUCUUACUAAAAUAUGUGAGCUGUCGGAAACCAGACAGAAACAAUAAAAUCACUGCUGCAGCCUGGA